ACUAGAGAAUUCACAGUAUGUUCUCCGCUUACGGCCGGAGACAGAGUCUGUCUGCAGGAGCAGGACAUCAGUGACACUUUACUGUCCCGUCUCUGUCUGGCACGCACAGAAAAUGGACACAAACUCUUUAUGCUUUGGUACAUGCGGAAAGUGCAUGAGAGGCGUUUAUGUUGCUGAUCAGGCCUGCCAAGCCAUGGGACAAGUGUACCAUGACAGCUGCUUCACCUGCUGUGCCUGCGGCCAGAAACUAAAAGGAAAGCAGUUUUAUGACUUUUCAGGACGGGUGCUCUGUGAGGAGGAUUAUUUGUAUUCCAGCGUCAAGCACUUUGCAGAGGUUUGCACAUCCUGUGGAUAUUUAAUCACAGAUAUGGUGCUCCAGGCUUUGGGAAAGUCCUUCCAUCCUGAAUGUUUCCGCUGUGUCAUCUGUAACGAGGCGCUGGAGGGACAGCCGUUCAGUGUUGACACACAAAAAAAGAUAUAUUGUGUGAAAGACUACCACAGGUUUCUAGCCCAGACCUGUGCUGUGUGUGAACAGCUCAUCCUUCCCACUGAGGGUUCAAAUGAGAUUGUGCGAGUGAUGUCCAUGAGCAGAAGCUACCAUGUGGCCUGUUAUGAAGGAAAAAAUUAGAUUUAAUCACUGUAUAUUUAAUUCAGUGUUUGUUUGUUUUUUGUACCACAGUAAAUGCUGAUUGUUGACAUGA